UAUAAUGGCGCAUCAUGUGCUAGCUGGAUCUGUUCUGGCCAGAUUGCGAAAACGAUCAGUGCAGCUACUUGUAACCUGAUGAUGACAAUGCCGAUAUGCUCCAGGUAGUCGCGUAUUUGGUUCAGUUAACAAUACUCUUCAGAAAAUGUUGUUUAAAAAGAUAUUGCAGCAACAAAAAAUUCAUUGGAAACGUAUUCAUCAAAAUUUUGGUGUGUAUUACUCAUUAGACUGCAAUAUACCAGCAUCAAACAGCAAUGGUGGGGUAUCAACAGAAAAUGUACAGAAAAGAAGGAGGAUGUUGGUUUAUGCUAAAGGAAAGACAUUUGUUGACUGGAAAAGAAUUAGAUUGAAGGCAGGGGAUGGAGGUAGUGGUUGUGCCUCCUUUGUUCACUCAAGGGAUAAAAAAGGUGGACCGAAUGGUGGAGAUGGCGGAAAGGGUGGCAGUAUUUUAAUUGAAGCUGAUAAAAAUUGUGUACAAUUUCUCAAACUUAAACAUCAAUAUAUUGCAGCAAAUGGAGGCAGUGGUCACCAAAAAAACAGACAUGGUAAAAACGGAAAGGAUGUUAUUCUAAAGGUUCCAGUUGGCACUGUCAUAACAGAUAACGAAUCUGGUGGACAUGUUGCAGAUUUAAUACAUGAUGGUGAUGCAAUGAAGAUCGUUUGUGGAGGAAAAAAAGGACUUGGCAAUGUCCAUUUUAAAACUCCCAUGAAUGUCAGGCCAAAGGAGUUCACAGAAGGACAAAUUGGUGAGGAAAAAGUUAUUGAAGUUGAGUUAAAGUCUAUUGCAGAUGUUGGAUUGGUGGGACUACCUAAUGCUGGAAAGUCAACCCUAUUAUGUCAAAUUUCUCGUGCCACUCCAAAAGUUGCAGAUUAUCCUUUCACAACACUAAAGCCAAAUCUUGGAGUCGUUCAAUACCCAAAUUCAAAAAGUAUAGUUGUUGCAGAUAUUCCUGGCCUGGUUAAAGGAGCUCACAACAACAGAGGCCUUGGUCAUGUUUUUUUAAGGCAUGUGGAACGUUGUAAGUGCCUGCUGUACGUGAUAGAUGUUUCUCAGCCUAAUCCAUUAGAUCAACUAAGAACUUUGCAAUCUGAAUUAUAUUUGUAUGAAAAAGAAUUGCCAUCUUUACCUUCUGCUGUUGUUGCAAACAAAAUUGAUUUACUUAAUGAAGGGAAUUCAGCUGUUUAUAAUUCAUUAGUAGCAGAUGUCAGUAUGCCAGUUGUUAUGGUUUCAGGUAAAUAUUGUAUAAAUAUUGAAAACUUAAAAACUCUUUUGUAUAAUGUUUGCAGUAGGGUUAUAUGAAAUCGCAUCUGUCUACCCAAUUUAUGCAAUGUCUAUAUCAUAUUUUCAUCUGCAUAAGAAGUAUAUUGGGUUUUUGGUGAUAACCAAAUCAAAACAUUUAAAUAAAAAUAAUAUUGAAUAUUCUAAUGUGUUUUAAAGAUAUGAAUAACCUAAUUACUAUCCAUAAAAUCAACAAAUUGAAAAACAAACGAAACAAUAACACUCCUUUUUUUUAUGUUAAUUACUAUUUUUCAUUGUUUAAUACUAAUUUUUUGACAAUGUAAUUUUGUUGGUAGCAAUGCUUCAGCAAAGAAAAUGCAAUAAUAAAUACUUGCUAAAAUCCAUUUUGCAAACAUGUUCUUCUCACUACUAACUUAACUUGUACCUGUUGUCUAAUGGUAUUGCCUCUGUUUAACACUUUUAUUAUGUUCAGUAAAUUUAUGAUGGAUUUAUGUGCAUGUCGCAUGUUGCUUCAUUUAUGCAAUUAUGUUACGGUGUACCAAUAUUGCUUUAGUUUACGUAUUUUUAGUUCAAUUUAUUUUUUAGUAAUGCUUUACAAUGGUUUCAUAAAAGGUCAAUUUAAUUUAAAAAAAGGAAAACUCUUUUUGUGAAAAAUUUGUUUGUGUUAAAGUCCAAGGAAAAAAUCGACCUUUUUUAACCCUGGUAAUUAGAUGAAGCAUUUUUGAAUUGAAAAAAGAACUGGAAAUACAAGAGAACGUUAGUUCCAUACAUUUUUCGUUUAAUGAAAAUUACCAAAAAUACGUUGUUGCAGAAAAAUAGUAUUACAUUUAAAGAUCUGCUACAAUUUUCUUUAAGCACGAAAGCUUAUAUUCCUGCCUCUCUGUUUCACCCACGCCUGUGUAAACCACCUCUACUUACCAUGUCCUGACCUAUCAGAUACACUUUUACCUACACCAACAUCAUUCUCACUCAAAAAACGUCAUUUUCUUAGCAGAUAUUACCAUUGACCCCCAAACGCUGCUGCCCUUUUAGGGGUGAACUUAGCAUUUUUUUGACUGGUGUAAAAUAACAUUGAUUGCCUAUCAAGGAGAUCAAAAACAAACUGGGGGUUUGGGCUGCUAACUUUUUUUAAUAGACCUAUUUCCAUAUCCAUUAUUGUUCCGUGUAAUAUACAUACCAAGUUACCAAAUAACAUGAAAACGAGAUUAGUUAUGAGCAAAUUUUUAGUUUGCAGUAAAGAAGUGCAGAUAUGGUUUGUUUACUUGCUAUAUUUGCCAAAUUAUUUUGUCAUAUAGAUUGUUAUUAAUAUUUGGUGAUAAUAUGGGAUAAUAGCAUGUAUUAUUGGACCGUCUAAUGCUUUUGUUUAUUAUUCUUGGUGUUAAAUGAGCUAUGUAUUAGCUAGCUUUAAAAAUGAUAUGAGUAGCUAGUUGACUGGCUGCUGACUUGUUCCAAAAAACGUGAAAUUUCAAGCUGUUUACCAAAAUGGUGAUGUUGCUGGUAUAUAUCCUGUGUCUCCAGUUUUUAAGUGUACCUUAUUUUUAAACAACAUGUGUGAACAUAACAUUAGCCAGGCUUCAAGUGAGGGUAGUUUUGGAAGUAUUUAUAAUUCACAUUUUUACACAUUUGUGAUUUCAGAAUUGGGAUGCUAAUUUGACUUUGUAGGGAAAGUGUUCGACUUUAAAUUUUCCUUUGGAAUGUUCUUGCCUCUAUUGUAUAUUGUAUUUGUUAAAAAAAUUAUUUAAAAUUCCAAAAAGUAAGGUAUCAACCUUACUUUUUGGAAUUUUAAAAGGGAUGAUAUACUAAUUUUUAUUUUUUUUAUUCAAAGAAUUACCAUCUUGGUGUUUUUUCUGGCAAAUGAAAUUGUCCAGUGAUUUUGCUCAGUCAAAAAAAAAUUUUCCUUGAGAGGAUCAUUUCAUAAAACAAUUUAAAAAUUGUUGUUUGAAGAAAGCACAAAAUGGUUACUGACGUGCUGCCUAGAAAAAAAAAUCUGUAAAAUUUUGUCCACAAAAUGCUUGUCAUGUCGACUUUAACUUUAAUAAGUGAAAAUAAUGUGAAAUUUUUUUAUUAGGUCAAAAACAAAAUUUUUGGUUUUAUAUUUUCACAAAUCGACACUUGGAAAAAUUUCAUUGAGAUUACUUUCAUUAGGUAAACAAUUUGAACAAUUUUGCAAGAUUAGUUUUCAAGAUUUCAUGUAAGCAAGAAAACAAAAUACAUAAGGACCUGGUGUUUAAGAACAUUGAGACCGAGAUUUUGAAAAAAACUGAGCACGUUCAGCUGAAAUCCAGACAUUCUUAUAAGACAGAGUAUAUUUAUUUAUUUUCCUUUUGUUUUGCAUAAAAACCUAAAAAUAGGUGCCAUUUAAAAAAAGACUACUUUUUUUUUGUAUCGAGAUUUAUGAUAAGCUCUAUGCUCUAUU